AGAGGCAAGGGGAGGACUCCCUUUCAAGCUCCGCUGCGUGUGCACAGCCGCAGUGAUCUCAUCCUCACAAGCUGCGCUCACCCGACCAUGGCCUCAGACCUUCCGUACGCUGCUGACGCGGAGGUGUCUUUGUCUUACGACGAACUCGAGGUGUUGCGAACACAAUACCUGAGGGAGCUGAAUCAAGGCUAUGUCACCGUGCAAUCGAAGUUCAACUACGCCUGGGGACUAGUGAAGGCACCAAUACGCGACCACCAGGUAGAAGGAGUCCGAUUACUGCAGGAGCUGUAUCGUGCCGAACCCACGCGAAGGAGGGAGUGCUUGUAUUAUCUGGCCCUGGGACAUUACAAGAUGGGGAAUUUUGAGGAGGCGAAGAAAUUCAACGCCUUGCUGUUGGAGAAAGAGCCCUCAAAUCUUCAAGCGGCCAGCCUGUCUCAGCUGAUCGACAAGGGCGUUACCCGAGAGGGAUACAUUGGUAUGGCUAUUGUCGGUGGUGUCGCUGCAUUGGGCACACUGCUAGCGGCAGGGCUUAUACGGCGAGCGACUCGUAAAUAAAUGCUGGAGUGCAAGCGCUGACUGGCUCUCAACUCUCCCCACUCGCAAUUCAGUCCGGGCUAAUGCCUCCAUCCGUCUGUAUCUAUAUAUCGCAUCAUAAAUGCAAGGAAUAGUGCAGUUGUGGAUACACACAUGUAAAUACAGCUUUGCCUCUACAUACAGUCAGAGUCCGUGUGUGGUGAUGUGCAGGUAGUUAUGUUGGAAGGAAACUGG